AUGGCGACGCCGUUGCCGGAUUUUGAGGCGGCGAGAGGUGGCGGAGGAGUGGCGUCUUCCUCCACUACGGUCCUCACGAGUUCCGUGCCUUCUUCUUCGCGUUCGCCUGUGGCGAAUUCGUUCUCGGAGGAGGAGAUUUCGCCGAUCCUGAUUUUCUUGUUCUUUCAUAAGGCAGUUUGCAGUGAGCUCGAAGCUCUUCAUAGAUUGGCGUUAGAAUUUGCUACUGGUCACCAUGUCGAUCUCCGGCUGCUUCGUGAACGGUACCGGUUCCUGAGAUCGAUCUACAAGCAUCACUGCAAUGCCGAAGACGAGGUAAUUUUUUCAGCUCUCGACAUACGUGUGAAGAACGUAGCGCAGACAUAUUCUCUUGAACACAAGGGGGAAAGCUCUCUUUUCGAUCAUCUGUUUGAGUUGCUUAAUUCAGCCACGGAAAUUGAUGAGAGUUACCGAAGGGAGUUGGCGAGCUGUACUGGAGCACUUCAGACAUCUGUUAGCCAGCACUUGGCAAAAGAACAGAAACAGGUGUUCCCCCUACUUAUCGAGAAAUUCAAGUAUGAGGAGCAAGCUUACAUAGUCUGGCGGUUUCUAUGCAGUAUUCCUGUGAAUAUGCUCGCCGUGUUCCUUCCAUGGCUUUCUUCCUCCAUUUCAAUAGAUGAAAGCAAGGAGAUGCAGACAUGCUUAAGCAAAAUAGUUCCAGGCGAGAAGCUCCUUCAGCAGGUCAUUUUCACCUGGUUGGGAGGGAAGAGCGAUACUGCGGCUUCGUGUCGCAUAGAAGAUUCUCCGUUCCAGUGCUGUCUAGAUUCUUCUAGCAGCAUGCUUCCUUGCAAAACAAGUAGAGAACAGUGCGCAUGUGAGGGAUCCAAGGCUGGGAAGAGAAAGUACCCAGAGCUUACUAAGUAUGAUUCUUUUGAUGCUCAGAUGCACCCAGUUGAUGAGAUAAAACUGUGGCAUAAGUCAAUCAACAAGGAGAUGAAAGAAAUAGCUGAUGAGGCUAGGAAGAUUCAGCUGUCUGGAGACUUUUCUGAUUUAUCUGCAUUUGAUGAACGCUUACAAUUUAUUGCUGAAGUGUGCAUCUUCCACAGUCUUGCAGAGGACAAGAUCAUAUUUCCAGCUGUAGAUGGGGAGUUUUCAUUUUCCGAGGAGCACGAUGAAGAAGAAAAUCAGUUUAAUGAGUUUCGAUGCUUGAUUGAAAAUAUCAAGAGUGCUGGAGCCUCUUCUACUUCCGCCGCUGAAUUCUACACCAAGCUGUGCUCACAUGCUGAUCAAAUAAUGGAAACUAUUCAAAGUCACUUCCACAACGAGGAAAUUCAGGUGCUACCCCUUGCACGCAAGAACUUCAGCUUUAAAAGACAACAAGAACUUCUCUACCAAAGCCUGUGUAUAAUGCCCUUGAGAUUAAUUGAGCGUGUGUUGCCAUGGCUGACGGCAUCUUUAACAGAAGAUGAAGCUAGGAAUUUUCUGAAGAACAUGCAAGCUGGAGCACCUAAAUCAGAUGCUGCUCUCGUUACUCUUUUCUCUGGUUGGGCAUGCAAAGGGCGCAAAGCCGGGGAAUGCUUGUCUCCAAACGGGAAUGGUUUAUGCCCUGGUAAAACACUAAACAACAUUGAAGAAGUCUGCCUUCAGUCAUGUCAUGCUUGUGUGUCUGUGCCAUGCUCGAGUAGGAGUAUAGAAUUGUGUUGCCAGCAUCAGGAUAAAAGGCCAGCUAAGCGAACCGCUGUAUUGUCUUGUGAAAAAAAUCCCACCACCCCUCACUCGUCAGAAGUCGCAAAUGGGUGCCAGCCAUCUGGAAAUGGAAGGUCAUGCUGCGUUCCGGAUCUUGGAGUUAACAGUAAUUGUCUGGGACUUGGUUCUCUUCCAGCAGCUAAAGCUAUGAGAUCUUCUUCUCUAAACUCUGCUGCACCCGCUCUUAAUUCCAGCCUCUUUGUUUGGGAAAUGGAUAGCAACAGCUUUGGUACUGGACAUGCUGAGCGACCGGUUGCUACAAUAUUCAAGUUUCACAAGGCCAUAAGCAAAGAUCUGGAGUUUCUUGAUGUUGAAUCUGGAAAGCUCAUUGAUUGUGAUGAAACGUUUAUUCGUCAAUUCAUUGGUCGAUUUCACUUGCUCUGGGGUUUCUACAAGGCUCAUAGUAAUGCAGAAGAUGAUAUCCUAUUUCCAGCUCUGGAAUCAAAGGAGACGCUUCACAAUGUCAGCCACUCUUACACGCUCGACCAUAAACAGGAGGAGAAGCUGUUUGGAGAUAUUUAUAGUGUUCUUACUGAACUGUCAGUUCUUCAUGAGAAGUUACAGACUGAUUCUAUGAUGGGGGACAUAGCUCAAACCGACACUGUUCAGACUGAAAUUGAUAACGGUGACUGCAAGAAGAAGUACAACGAACUGGCUACAAAGCUACAAGGGAUGUGCAAAUCCAUUAAAAUCACAUUGGAUCAGCAUAUUUUCUUGGAGGAACUGGAGCUCUGGCCUCUAUUUGACAAACACUUUUCUAUUCAAGAGCAAGACAAGAUUGUGGGUCGUAUAAUCGGGACAACGGGUGCUGAAGUUCUUCAAUCUAUGUUACCAUGGGUGACAUCCGCCCUUUCUGAAGAUGAGCAAAAUAGAAUGAUGGAUACCUGGAAGCAGGCAACCAAGAACACAAUGUUUGAUGAAUGGCUCAACGAAUGCUGGAAAGGAUCACCCGACUCAUCCUCACAAGAAACAUCCAAACCUAGUCUACAAAGAGAUACUGAUCAUCAAGAAAUCUUAGACCAAACUGGCCAACUAUUUAAGCCGGGGUGGAAAGAUAUUUUCCGCAUGAAUCAGAACGAGCUAGAGGCUGAAAUUAGGAAAGUCUAUCAGGACACAACACUUGAUCCAAGGAGAAAAGAUUAUCUUGUUCAAAAUUGGAGAACCAGUCGAUGGAUAGCUGCUCAGCAAAAGCAACCUAAGGAAACAGAAACUGCAUUAAAUGGUGAUGUUGCACUUGGAUGUUCCCCAUCUUUUCGAGAUCCCGAGAAGCAGAUAUAUGGAUGCGAACAUUACAAGCGUAACUGCAAGCUUCGGGCUGCUUGUUGUGAUCAGCUGUUCACUUGUAGAUUUUGCCAUGACAAAGUGAGCGAUCACUCCAUGCAGAGAAAACUGGUGACGGAAAUGCUCUGCAUGCGGUGCCUCAAGGUUCAACCUGUUGGCCCCAUCUGCACAACGCCUUCAUGCGACGGAUUCCCAAUGGCGAAGCAUUAUUGCAGUAUUUGCAAACUUUUCGAUGAUGAAAAAUCUGUUUACCACUGUCCAUUCUGCAACCUUUGCCGGGUCGGGGAGGGACUGGGAAUCGAUUAUUUCCAUUGCAUGACAUGUAACUGUUGCCUGGGGAUGAAGUUAGUAAACCACAAGUGCCUUGAGAAGAGCCUCGAGACAAAUUGCCCCAUCUGUUGUGAAUUUCUUUUCACAUCGAGUGAAACAGUCAGAGCCUUACCAUGUGGUCACUACAUGCACUCAGCUUGCUUCCAGGCUUACACUUGCAGCCACUACACAUGUCCAAUCUGUGGAAAAUCAUUAGGAGAUAUGGCGGUUUAUUUCGGUAUGCUUGAUGCACUGUUAGCUGCAGAAGAACUUCCAGAAGAAUACAAAAAUCGCUGUCAGGACAUUUUAUGUAAUGACUGUGAACGCAAAGGAACAACACAGUUCCAUUGGUUAUACCAUAAAUGCGGUAUGUGCGGCUCUUACAAUACCCGUGUGAUCAAGUCCGAAACAACAGCCCCAGACUGCUCAACCUCGUCGUGA